UGGUACAAGGAGGGAAAGAAGCUGAGUUCGAGCUCGAAAGUGCGUGUGGAGGCCACGGGCCGAGGGCGGCGGCUGGUGGUACAGCAGGCGGGCAAGGCAGAUGCCGGGGAGUACAGCUGCGAGGCCGGGGGCCAGAGCGUCUCCUUCCACCUGGAUGUCACAGAGCCCAAGGUGGUGUUUGCCAAGGAGCAGCCGGCACGCAGUGAAGUGCAGGCCGUGGCGGGGGCCAGUGCCACGCUGAGCUGCGAGGUGGCCCAGGCCCAGACGGAGGUGACGUGGUACAAGGACGGAAAGAAGCUGAGUUCGAGCUCGAAAGUGCGUGUGGAGGCCACGGGCCGAGGGCGGCGGCUGGUGGUACAGCAGGCGGGCAAGGCAGAUGCCGGGGAGUACAGCUGCGAGGCCGGGGGCCAGAGCGUCUCCUUCCACCUGGAUGUCACAGAGCCCAAGGUGGUGUUUGCCAAGGAGCAGCCGGCACGCAGUGAAGUGCAGGCCGUGGCGGGGGCCAGUGCCACGCUGAGCUGCGAGGUGGCCCAGGCCCAGACGGAGGUGACGUGGUACAAGGACGGAAAGAAGCUGAGUUCGAGCUCGAAAGUGCGUGUGGAGGCCACGGGCCGAGGGCGGCGGCUGGUGGUGCAGCAGGCGGGCAAGGCAGAUGCCGGGGAGUACAGCUGCGAGGCCGGGGGCCAGAGCGUCUCCUUCCACCUGGAUGUCACAGAGCCCAAGGUGGUGUUUGCCAAGGAGCAGCCGGCACUCAGUGAAGUGCAGGCCGUGGCGGGGGCCAGUGCCACGCUGAGCUGCGAGGUGGCCCAGGCCCAGACGGAGGUGACGUGGUACAAGGACGGAAAGAAGCUGAGUUCGAGCUCGAAAGUGCGUGUGGAGGCCACGGGCCGAGGGCGGCGGCUGGUGGUGCAGCAGGCGGGCAAGGCAGAUGCCGGGGAGUACAGCUGCGAGGCCGGGGGCCAGAGCGUCUCCUUCCACCUGGAUGUCACAGAGCCCAUGGUGGUGUUUGCCAAGGAGCAGCCAACACGCAGUGAAGUGCAGGCCAUGGCGGGAGCCAGUGCCAUGCUGAGUUGCGAGGUGGCCCAGGCCCAGAUGGAGGUGAUGUGGUACAAGGAUGGGAAGAAGCUGAGUGCGAGCUCGAAAGUGCGUGUGGAGGCCAAGGGCUGCACCCGGCAGCUGGUGGUGCAGCCGGCAGGGAAGGUGGAUGCUGGAGAGUACAGCUGUGAAGCCAGGGGCCAGAGGGUUUCCUUCCACCUGGAUGUCACAGAGCCCAAGGUGGUGUUUGCCAAGGAGCAGCCGGCACGCAGUGAAGUGCAGGCCGUGGCGGGGGCCAGUGCCACGCUGAGCUGCGAGGUGGCCCAGGCCCAGACGGAGGUGACGUGGUACAAGGACGGAAAGAAGCUGAGUUCGAGCUCAAAAGUGCGUGUGGAGGCCAAGGGCUGCACCCGGAGGCUGGUGGUGCAGCAGGCGGGCAAGGCAGACGCCGGGGAGUACAGCUGCGAGGCCGGGGGCCAGAAGGUCUCCUUCCACCUGGAUGUCACAGAGCCGGAACUUGAGCCCCCGACCCUGGAGAGACCCAGACGCAGGGAACCUCUGGUGGUCAGGGAACACGAGGACAUCGUCCUGACAGCCACGCUGGCCACACCCUCUGUGGCCGCGGUGACGUGGCUCAAGGACGGUGUGGAGAUUCGCAGCAGCAAGCGACACGAGAUGGCCAGCCUGGGGGACACCCACACCCUGACUGUGCGUGGCGCGCAGACCCUGGACAGUGCCGUCUACAGCUGCCGCCUGGGCGCAGAGGAGCAGGACUUCCCGGUGCAGGUGGAAGAGGUGGCUGCCAAGUUCUGCCGUCCCCUGGAGCCCGUGAGCGGGGAGCUGGGCGGCACAGUGAAGCUGGUCUGUGAGCUGAGCCCGGCGCAGGCCCAGGUGGUGUGGCGCCACGGGAGCACACAACUCCGGGCCGGCAAACGCUUCCAGAUGGCGGCUGCGGGGCUUCAGCGCUCGCUCACUGUGUCGGGCCUGCGGGCAGAGGAUGCGGGGGAGUACGUGUGCGAGAGCCGCGAUGACCACACGAGCGCCGUGCUCACCGUGAGCGUCCCCCGCGUGGUCAAGUUCACGUCUGGGCUGAGCGCAGUGGUCGCGGAUGAGGGCUGCAAGGCCACCUUCCAGUGCAUGGUGACUCCCAGCGACGUGGCGGUGACGUGGUUCCGGGAUGGCGUCAAGCUACAGUCCAGCGAGAAGUUUCUCAUAUCGCAGAAGGGUGCCAGCCACAGCCUGACUAUCUUGGGCCUGGCCCUGGAGGAUGCCGGCCAGAUCACCGCGGAGGCUGAGAGCAUCAAGACCGUGGCUGCCCUCCGGGUCCGAGAGGCCCCAGUGUUGUUCAAAAAAAAGCUGGAGCCACAGACUGUGGAGGAGCGGAGCUCGGUGACCAUGGAGGUGGAGCUGACGCGGCCAUGGCCGGAGGUCAAGUGGACACGCAACGCCGCAGCCCUGGUGACAGGCGAGAAUGUGGAGAUCCACGCCGAGGGCUCAAGUCACCGCUUGGUUCUCCGCAGUGUGGGUUUCGCUGACCGUGGUUUCUAUGGCUGCGAGACGGCGGAUGAUAAGACGCAGGCCAAGCUGACUGUGGAAAUGCGCCAGGUCCGGCUUGUGCGGGGCCUGCAGACGGUGGAGGCGCAGGAGCAGGGCACAGCCACAAUGGAAGUAGAGCUGUCCCAUGCUGAUGUGGAGGGCAGCUGGACUCGAGAUGGCCUUCGGCUCCAGCCGGGACCCACGUUUCAGCUGGUGGUGCACGGCCCCACCCAUACCCUUACGCUGUCUGGGCUGCAGAGGCAGGACAGUGGACUGGUUUCCUUCAGGGCGGAGGGCGUGCACACAUCUGCGCGGCUGGUGGUCACUGAGCUGCCUGUGAAGUUCAGCCGCCCUCUGCAGGAUGUGGUGGCCACGGAAAAGGACAAGGUGGUCCUGGACUGUGAGCUCUCACGCCCCAAUGUGGAUGUGCGCUGGUUGAAGGAUGGUGUGCAGCUGCAGGUGAGCAAGACACUGGGCAUGGUGGCCCAGGGGGCCUGCAGGAGUCUCAUCAUUUACCGAUGUGAGCUUGGGGACCAGGGCGUGUAUGUGUGUGACGCCCACGAUGCUCAGAGCUCGGCCUCCCUGACGGUGCAAGGCCGAAAUGUCCAGAUCGUGAGGCCUCUGGAGGAUGUGGAAGUGAUGGAGAGGGAGGGUGCCACCUUCUCCUGCGAGGUCUCCCACGAUGAGGUGCCUGCCCAGUGGUUCCGGGAGGGCAGCAAGCUUCGGCCCAGUGACAAUGUGCGGAUCCGCCAGGAAGGAAGGACAUACACUCUCAUCUAUCGGAGGGUCCUGGUGGAAGAUGCAGGGGAAAUCAAAUUUGUAGCACAAUGUGCAGAAUCACGAGCCCAGCUCCGAGUAAAAGAGCUGCCAGUAUCCAUCCUACGCCCGCUGCGGGACAAGAUCGCGAUGGAGAAGCACCGCGGUGUGCUCGAGUGCCAGAUGUCGAGGGCCAGUGCCCAGGUGCGGUGGUUCAAGGGCAGCGUGGAACUGCAGCCCGGGGCCAAGUAUGAGAUGGUCAGUGACGGCCUCUACCGCCAGCUGGUCAUCAACGCCGUCCAGCCUGAGGACGAGGACACUUAUACCUGUGAUGCUGGCGAUGUUAAGACCAGUGCCCAAUUCUUUGUGGAAGAGCAAUCCAUCACUAUCGUGCGGGGCCUGCAGGAUGUGACGGUGAUGGAGCCCGCCCCUGCCUGGUUCGAGUGUGAGACCUCCAUCCCCUCGGUGCGGCCGCCUAAGUGGCUCCUGGGGGAGACGGUGCUGCAGGCAGGGGCUGACGUGGGGAUGGAACAGGAGGGCACAGUGCACCGGCUGACGCUGCGGCGUACCUGCUCCACCAUGACGGGGCCGGUGCACUUCACCAUCGGCAAAUCACGCUCCACCGCCUGCUUGGUCGUCUCAGACAUUCCCAUGGUGCUCACGCGGCCACUAGAGCCCAAGGUGGGGCGUGAGCUGCAGUCGGUAGUCCUGUCCUGUGACUUCAAGCCACCCCCCAAGACCGUGCAGUGGUACAAGGAGGAGACACCCCUGGUGCCAUCUGACAAGUUCAAGAUGGGGCUGGAGGGCCACAUGGCAGAGCUGCGCAUCCUGCGGCUCACGCCCGCGGAUGCUGGUGUCUACCGGUGCCAGGCCGGCAGUGCCCAGAGCAGCGCUGAGGUUACUGUGGAAGUGCGGGAGGUGACGGUGACGCAGCCGCUGCAGGACUUGGAGGUCACGGAGGAGGGCUGUGCCUGCUUCUCCUGCGAGCUGUCCCACGAGGACGAGGAGGUGGAGUGGUCGCUCAAUGGGACGCCACUGUGCAACGACAGCCUCCACAAGAUUACCCAUGAGGGCCGCCGCCACACGCUGGUGCUGAAGCAGGUCCAACGGGCUGACACGGGCACUGUAUGCGCCUCCUCGCCCAAGGUUAUGGCCUCGGCCCGCCUGGAGGUCAAAGGGAAGCCGGUGGUGUUCCUGAAGGCGUUGGACGACGUGUCCGUGGAGGAGUGGGGCACGCUGACCUUGCGGUGCGAGGUCUCUGACCACCAGGCUCGUGUGGUGUGGCGAAAGGACGGCAUGGAGUUGGGCCCCAGUGACAAGUAUGACUUCCUGUACACAGCGGGCACUCGGGGACUCGUGGUGCACAACCUGAGCAGGGACGAUGCUGGCCUGUACACCUGCGACGUGGGUACUGAUGAGACCCGUGCCCAUGUCACCGUGCACGACCUGCACGUGGGCAUCACCAAGAGGCUGAAGACAGUGGAGGUGAUGGAGGGCGAGAGCUGCAGCUUUGAGUGCGUCCUGUCCCAUGAGAACACUGGCGAUGUUGCUGUAUGGAUGGUUGGUGGGAAAACGGUGGGCAGCUCUGGCCGCUUCCGGGCCACACGCCAGGGCCGCAAGUAUACGCUGGCUGUCCGAGAUGCUCUGCCAAGUGACGCUGGGGAGGUGGUCUUCUCUGUGCGGGACCUCACCUCCAAGGCCUCGCUCAUCAUCAGAGAGAGGCCAGUUGACAUUGUGAAGCCACUGGAAGACCAGCGGGCCGUGCUGGGUGAGGAUGUGGUGCUGAGGUGUGAGCUGUCACGGGAGGGGACCCCAGUGUGCUGGCUGAAGGACGGGAAAGCCAUUCGCAAGAGUAAGAAGUAUGAGCUUCUCGUCGAAGGCACUCGAGCCAUGCUGGUCAUCCACGCAGCCUCACUCAAAGAUUCUGGCGAGUACACGUGUGAGACGGAGUCUUCCAAAAGCACAGCCAGCCUCCGAGUGGAAGAAAAGCCAAACCAGUUCACGGAGGAGCUGGCUGACCUGCAGGUGGAGGAGAAGGGCACAGCUGUGUUCGCCUGCAAGACGGAGCGCCCCGCGGCCUCAGUGACCUGGCGCAAGGGCCUCACAGAGCUGCAAGCCUCGGAGAAGCAUGCUCCCAGCCAGGAGGGCCUGACCUUGAGGCUUACCAUCAGCGCCCUGGAGAAGGCGGACAGUGACACUUACACCUGUGACAUCGGCCAGGCCCAGUCCCAGGCUCGGCUCCUGGUGAAAGGCCAGAAAGUGCUCAUCACGGAGGACCUGGAGGACCUGGAGGUGCAGGAGGGCUCCUCGGCCACCUUCUGCUGCCGUAUCUCCCCUGCCGACUACAAGCCCGUCCACUGGUUCUUGGACAAAACCCCGCUGUCUGCCAACGAACUCAAUGAGAUCGAGGUCCAGCCGGGUGGCUGUCAUGUGCUUACCCUGCGGCAGCUGGCCCUCAAGGACUCAGGCACCAUCCAUUUUGAGGCAGGCGACCAGCGGACCUCAGCUGCCUUGCAGGUCACAGAGAAGCCAAGUGUUUUCUCCCAGGAGCUCACAGAUGCCACAGUCAUGGAGGGGGAAGAUCUGACCCUGGUCUGUGAGACUGCUGCUUUAGACAGCCCUGUGUGCUGGACCAAGGAUGGGAAGGCCCUGCGGCCGUCGGCUCGGUGCCGUCUGAGCUAUGAGGGCCGCCGAGCCCAACUGGUCAUCACUGACACCACCCUUCAGGACGGUGGGCACUACAAGUGUGAGGCUGGGGGUGCCUGGAGCAGCUCCAUUGUCAGGGUCCAUGCUCAGCCAGUGCGGUUCCGAGAGGGGCUGAAGGACGUGGAGGUGCUGGAGGGUGGUGCUGCCACACUACACUGCAUGCUGUCAUCGGAGGCCAUGCCCGUGGAGUGGCGUCGUGGAGAUGAGGUUGUGCAGCCUGGAGACAAGUACAGCCUGCGGCAGGAGGGUACCAUGCUGGAACUGCUCAUCCGGGACCUGCAGCCUCAGGACAGCGGGCAGUACUCCUGCUGCUUCGGGGACCAGAUGACAUCGGCCACGCUCACCGUACAGGCCCUACCUGCUGAGUUCAUAGGAAGACUGAGAAGCAAGGAGGCCACGGAAGGGACCACAGCCACGCUGCACUGUGAGCUGAGCAAGGCAGCCCCUGUGGAGUGGAGGAAGGGGCCUGAGGCCCUCAGAGCUGGAGACAGAGUGAGCCUGAGGCAGGACGGAGCCGUGUGUGAGCUGGAGAUCCGUGGCCUGACCGUGGAGGAUGCCGGGGAGUACUCGUGUGUGUGCGGGCAGGAGAGGACCUCAGCCACGCUCACCGUCAGGGGCCUGCCUGCCAAGUUCACAAAGGGUCUGAGGAAGGAGGAGGCCACAGAAGGGGCCACGGCCACGCUGCACUGCGAGCUGAGCAAGACAGCCCCUGUGGAGUGGAGGAAGGGGCCCGAGACCCUCAGAGCUGGAGACAGAGUGAGCCUGAGGCAGGACGGAGCCGUGUGUGAGCUGGAGAUCCGUGGCCUGGUUGUGGCAGAUGCUGGGGAGUACUCAUGCGUGUGUGGUCAGGAGAAAACCUCAGCUGUGCUCACUGUCAGGGCUCUGCCUGCUGAGUUCAUAAGAAGACUGAGAAGCAAGGAGGCCAUGGAAGGGACCACGGCCACACUGCACUGCGAGCUGAGCAAGGCAGCCCCUGUGGAGUGGAGGAAGGGGCCUGAGACCCUCAGAGCUGGAGACAGAGUGAGCCUGAGGCAGGACGGAGCCGUGUGUGAGCUGGAGAUCCGUGGCCUGGUUGUGGCAGAUGCUGGGGAGUACUCGUGUGUGUGCGGGCAGGAGAGGACAUCAGCCACGCUCACUGUCAGAGCCCUGCCCACCAAGUUCACAAAGGGUCUGAGGAAGGAGGAGGCCACAGAAGGGACCACGGCCACACUGCGCUGCGAGCUGAGCAAGACGGCCCCCGUGGAGUGGAGGAAGGGGCCCGAGAUCCUCAGAGCCGGGGACAGAGUGAGCCUGAGGCAGGACGGGGCCGUGUGUGAGCUGGAGAUCCGUGGCCUGGCUGUGGCGGACACUGGGGAGUACUCAUGCGUGUGUGGGCAGGAGAGGACCUCAGCCACGCUCACUGUCAGGGCCCUGCCUGCCAAGUUCACAAAGGGUCUGAAGAAUGAAGAAGCCAUGGAAGGGGCUACAGCCACCCUGCGGUGUGAGCUGAGCAAGGCGGCCCCUGUGGAGUGGAGGAAGGGGCCCGAGACCCUCAAACCUGGGGACAGAGUGAGCCUGAAGCAGGACGGGGCCAAGUGUGAGCUGCAGAUACAUGGCCUGGUUGUGGCGGACGCUGGGGAGUACUCGUGUGUGUGCGGAAAGGAGAGGACUUCUGCCACACUGGCCAUCAGGGCCCUGCCUGCUCGGUUCAUCCAAGAUCUGAAGACCAAGGAGGCCACAGAAGGGGCCACAGCCACACUGCACUGUGAGCUGAGCAAGGAAGCCCCUGUGGAGUGGAGGAAGGGGCCCGAGACCCUCAGAGCCAGGGACAGAGUGAGGCUGAGGCAGGACGGAGCCGUGUGUGAGCUGGAGAUCCGUGGCCUGGUUGUGGCAGAUGCCGGGGAGUACUCAUGCGUGUGUGGGCAGGAGAAAACCUCAGCCGUGCUCACCGUCAAGGCCCUACCUGCUGAGUUCAUAGGAAGACUGAGAAGCAAGGAGGCCGCAGAAGGGACCACGGCCACACUGCACUGUGAGCUGAGCAAACCAGUCCUUGUGGAGUGGAGGAAGGGGCCUGAGACCCUCAGAGCUGGAGACAGAGUGAGCCUGAGGCAGGACGGAGCCGUGUGUGAGCUGGAGAUCCGUGGCCUGACCGUGGAGGAUGCCGGGGAGUACUCGUGUGUGUGCGGGCAGGAGAGGACCUCAGCCACGCUCACCGUCAGGGGCCUGCCUGCCAAGUUCACAAAGGGUGUGAAGAAGGAAGAGGCCACAGAAGGGGCCACAGUCACGCUGCGCUGUGAGCUGAACAAGGCAGCCCCUGUGGAGUGGAGGAAGGGGCCCGAGACCCUCAGAGCCGGGGACAGAGUGAGCCUGAGGCAGGACGGGACGGUGUGUGAGCUGGAGAUCCGUGGCCUGGUUGUGGCAGAUGCCGGGGAGUACUCCUGUGUGUGUGGUCUGGAGAAAACCUCAUCCACACUCACUGUCACGGCCCUUCCCACCAAGUUCACAAAGGGUCUGAGGAAGGAGGAGGCCACAGAAGGGGCCACGGCCACACUGCAGUGCGAGCUGAGCAAGGCAGCCCCUGUGGAGUGGAGGAAGGGGCCCGAGACCCUCAGAGCUGGAGACAGAGUGAGCCUGAGGCAGGACGGAGCCGUGUGUGAGCUGGAGAUCCGUGACCUGACCGUGGAGGAUGCCGGGGAGUACUCGUGUGUGUGCGGGCAGGAGAGGACCUCAGCCACGCUCACCGUCAGGGGCCUGCCUGCCAAGUUCACAAAGGGUGUGAAGAAGGAAGAGGCCACAGAAGGGGCCACAGUCACGCUGCACUGUGAGCUGAACAAGGCAGCCCCUGUGGAGUGGAGGAAGGGGCCCGAGACCCUCAGAGCCGGGGACAGAGUGAGCCUGAGGCAGGAUGGGACCGUGUGUGAGCUGGAGAUCCGUGACCUAGUUGUGGCAGAUGCCGGGGAGUACUCCUGUGUGUGUGGUCUGGAGAAAACCUCAUCCACACUCACUGUCACGGCCCUUCCCACCAAGUUCACAAAGGGUCUGAGGAAGGAGGAGGCCACAGAAGGGGCCACGGCCACACUGCAGUGCGAGCUGAGCAAGGAAGCCCCUGUGGAGUGGAGGAAGGGGCCUGAUGCCCUCAGAGCUGGAGACAGAGUGAGCCUGAGGCAGGACGGAGCCGUGUGUGAGCUGGAGAUCCGUGGUCUGACUGAGGAGGAUGCUGGGGAGUACUCGUGUGUGUGCGGGCAGGAGAGGACCUCAGCCACGCUCACCGUCAGGGGCCUGCCUGCCAAGUUCACAAAGGGUGUGAAGAAGGAAGAGGCCACAGAAGGGGCCACAGUCACGCUGCACUGUGAGCUGAGCAAGACAGCCCCUGUGGAGUGGAGGAAGGGGCCCGAGACCCUCAGAGCUGGAGACAGAGUGAGCCUGAGGCAGGAUGGGACCGUGUGUGAGCUGGAGAUCCGUGACCUAGUUGUGGCAGAUGCCGGGGAGUACUCCUGUGUGUGUGGUCUGGAGAAAACCUCAUCCACACUCACUGUCACGGCCCUUCCCACCAAGUUCACAAAGGGUCUGAGGAAGGAGGAGGCCACAGAAGGGGCCACGGCCACACUGCAGUGCGAGCUGAGCAAGGAAGCCCCUGUGGAGUGGAGGAAGGGGCCUGAUGCCCUCAGAGCUGGAGACAGAGUGAGCCUGAGGCAGGACGGAGCCGUGUGUGAGCUGGAGAUCCGUGGCCUGACCGUGGAGGAUGCUGGGGAGUACUCGUGUGUGUGCGGGCAGGAGAGGACCUCAGCCACGCUCACCGUCAGGGGCCUGCCUGCCAAGUUCACAAAGGGUCUGAGGAAGGAGGAGGCCACAGAAGGGGCCACGGCCACGCUGCACUGCGAGCUGAGCAAGACAGCCCCUGUGGAGUGGAGGAAGGGGCCUGAGACCCUCAGAGCUGGAGACAGAGUGAGCCUGAGGCAGGACGGAGCCGUGUGUGAGCUGGAGAUCCAUGACCUGACUGAGGAGGAUGCCGGGGAGUACUCUUGUGUGUGCGGGCAGGAGAGGACCUCUGCCACGCUGACCAUUAGGGCCCCACAGGUGGUGUUCAGGAAGCCACUGCAGAGCUUGCAGGCUGAGGAGGGCACCUCAGCCAGCCUGCGGUGUGAGCUGUCUGAGCCUAGCGCUGCUGUGGUCUGGAGUAAGGGUGGCCUGGAGCUGCAGGCUGACGAGCGCUGGGAGCCACAGCAGCGGGGCCACAUGGCAGAGCUGGUGCUUCGGGACUUGCGCUGGGAGGACACUGGAGAAUACACCUGCACCUGUGGCUCCCAGGCCACCAGCGCCACCCUCACCGUCACAGUUGCACCCGUGAGGUUCCUUCGGGAGCUGCAGGCCCAGGAGGUAGACGAGGGCGCAACGGCACACCUGCGCUGUGAGCUGAGCCGGGCAGGCGCCAGCGUGGAGUGGCGCAAGGGCUCCCUGCAGCUCUUCCCCUGUGCCAAGUAUCAGAUGGUGCUGGAGGGCACAGCCGCUGAGCUGCUGGUGCACGGUGCUGAGCAGGAGGAUGCCGGCCACUACACCUGCGACACAGGCCAUGCACAGAGCACUGCCAGCCUCUCUGUCCGCGCCCCUAGGCCCACGUUUAAGAUGGAGCUGCAGAGUGCAGAGCAGGAGGCGGGUGGUGUGGUCCAGCUGUGCUGCCAGCUGAAUGACUCAGAGCCUGGAGCCCCCGUGCUGUGGCUCAAGGAGGGUGUGGAACUGCAAGGGAGUCCCAAGUAUGAGAUGCGACGCAAGGGGGCCACGUGUGAGCUACUGAUCCACGGACUUGAGGCCAAGGACGCGGGCGAGUACGCCUGCAUGGUGGGCAGCCAGAAAACCUUGGCCUCCCUCAAAGUCAAAGAGCCUGAGGUGACCAUCGUGCGGGGCCUGGUUGACACCGAGGUGCAAGCCGACGGGGAAGCAGAGUUCAGCUGUGAAGUGUCACGGGCUGAGGCCGUGGAUGUGGAGUGGCGCCUCCAGGGCCUGCCACUGCAGAGCAAUGAGGUGACCGAAGUGGCCGUGCGGGGUGGCCACACCCAUACACUGCGGCUGAAGAGCGUGACUCCCGAGGAUGCGGGCAUUGUCUCCUUCCACGUGGGCCUCCACACAUCCUCUGCCCAACUCACCGUCACAGCCCCUGAGGUGACCAUCCUGGAGCCCCUGCAGAAUGUGCAGCUCAGCGAGGGCCAGGACGCCCACUUCCAGUGCCGACUGUCAAGGGCCUUGGGCCAGGAGGCCCGCUGGGCCCUGGGAGGGGUGCCCCUGCAGACCAACGAGAUGAACGACAUCACAGUGGAGCAUGGCACACUCCACUUGCUCACCCUGCACAAGGUGACCUCUGAAGAUGCCGGAACCAUCAGUUUCCAAGUGGGCUCAUGUCUCUCAGAGGCCCAGCUGAAGGUCACAGAGGCAGCACCGUGCCUGGUACGUGGCUUACAGAACGUGGACGUCUUUGCGGGGGAGGUGGCCACGUUCUCCUGUGAGGUGUCCCGUGCGGGUGGGCCGGAGGCCCACUGGUGGCUGGAUGGGACCCUGCUGCAGGACGGCCCCCAGAGUGCCAUCUCCGUGCAUGAUGGGACCUUCCACUCCCUCACGCUCUCAGGCCUGGGGGUCGCUGACUCAGGCACCAUCACCUUCCGGGCAGGGCCCCUGGUCUCCAGGGCCAAGUUGUUGGUCAAAGAUCCCACAGUGGAAGUGGUCAGUGCCAUGCAGGACCUGGCAGUGGAGGAGGGUGGCCCGGCUGAACUCCUCUGCCAGUACUCACGGCCCGUGCAGGCCACGUGGAAGAUGGACGAGCAGGAGGUGUGCGCUGAUGGGCGCCGUGUCAUCAUAGAGCAGGACUGGACCGUGGCCAGGCUGUCCUUCAGGCCGGCCUUGCCCUGCGACAGCGGCAUCUAUACUUGUGAGGCCGCGGGCACCCGCGUGGUGGCCCUGCUGCAAGUGCAAGCCAAGAACACUGUGGUGAGAGGCCUGGAAAACGUGGAGGCGCCUGAGGGCGGUGAGGCGCUGUUCGAGUGCCUCUUGUCGAGGCCGGAGGUGGCCGCCCACACCUGGCUGCUGGAUGACGAGCCGGUGCGCACCUCUGAGAACGCCGAGGUGGUUUACUUUGAGGACGGCCUGCGGCACCUGCUGCUGCUCAGAAACCUGCGGCCUCAAGACAGCUGCCGGGUGACCUUCCUGGCGGGGGACAUGGUGACAUCUGCGUUCCUCACAGUCCGAGGCUGGCGCUUGGAGGUCUUGGAGGCACCCCGGGACACGGCCGUGCUGGCCGGGGGGCGGGCCAGCUUCAGCUGCACGCUCAGCGAGACAGUGCCGGUGGGUGAGGCGACCUGGUACGUAAAUGGAGCCUCGGUGCAGCCUGACGACGCAGACUGGACAGUCACCGCCGAAGGCAGCCAGCACACCCUGCUGCUGCACCGGGCCCAGCCGCACCACGCCGGCGAGGUCACCUUCGCCGCCCGCGAUGCCGUGGCCUCUGCGAGGCUCACUGUGCUGGGCCUCCCCGACCCCCCAGAGGACGCCGAGGUGGUGGGGCGCACUGGCAGCUCCGUGACACUGUCUUGGGUGGCUCCCACGAGUGACGGCGGAGGCGGUCUCUGUGGCUAUCGGGUAGAGAUGAAGGCAGCGGCCACAGGAGAGUGGCAGCUGUGCCAUGAGCUGGUGCCCGGGCCCGAGUGCCUGGUGGAUGGCCUGGCCCCCGGGGAGACCUACCGCUUCCGUGUGGCCGCAGUGGGCGCGGCAGGCGCUGGGGAGCCUGUGUACCUGCCCCAGACAGUGAGGCUUGCAGAGCCCCAGGAGCCCACGCCUGCACCCCCUGCCCCUGAGAGCCGGCAGGUGGCAGCUGGGGAGGACUUGUGUCUGGAGUGUGAGGUGGCCGAGGCUGGUGAGGUCAUCUGGCUGAAGGGAACAGAGCGCAUCCAGCCCAGUGGGCGCUUCCAGCUUCUCUGCCAGGGUCAGCGGCAGACGCUGUUGAUUCGGGACUUCUCAGCGGAGGACCAGGGCGAGUAUCGCUGCGCCCCUGCACGGGAUCCGGUCUCUGUGGCAGCUGCUGCCUUCCAGGUGGUGCUGACCCCAGAAUCUGGGGAUGAGGUCCCCACGCAGCCCAGCCUGCCCCCUGAGGCGGCCCAGGAAGGCGACCUGCAUCUCCUGUGGGAGGCCCUGGCCCAGAAGCGCCGCAUGAGCCGAGAGCCUACGCUGGACUCCAUCAGCGAGCUGCCCGAGGAGGAUGGACGCCCGCAGCGCCUGCGGCAGGAGGUGGAGGAGGUGGCUCCUGACCUCUCCGAGGACUCUUCCACGGCUGACGAGCUGACACGCACUGGCGAGGCUGACCUCUCACACACCAGCUCUGACGACGAGUCCCGUGCGGGCACUCCUUCCCUGGUUACCUACCUCAAGAAGGCUGGGAGGGCCAGUGCCUCACCACUGGCCAGCAAGGUUGAGGCCCCAGCAGCCCCUUCUGGGAAGCCACAAAAGCAGCAGGAGAAGCCAGCUUCAGUAACCCCACCACCAGGAGACCUGAGCGUUGGGGACUUGGGUGACCUAUCCAUGGACAAGGCAGCAGUGAAGAUCCAGGCUGCCUUCAAGGGUUAUAAGGUCCGGAAGGAGAUGCAGCAGCAGGAGGGGCCUGUGUUCUGCCGCACGUUUGGGGACACCGUGGCACAGGUGGGAGAUGUCCUGCAUCUGGAGUGUGUAGUGUCCAGCAAGACAGAUGUGCGUGCCCGCUGGCUGAAGGACGGUGUGGAGCUGACUGAUGGCCGGCACCACCACAUUGACCAGCUUGGGGAUGGCACCUGCUCUCUGCUGGUCACUAGCCUGGGCCGGGCCGACGCUGGCCACUAUACCUGUCAGGUGAGCAACAGGUUUGGCCGUGUGGCCCACAGCGCCUGUGUGGCGGUCAGUGGGACGGAGAGUGAGACCGAGAGUUCCUCCGGGAGUGAGCUGGGUGACACCCUCCGCCGGGCCGCCCGGCGGCUGUACCGCCUCUUCCGCACGAAGGGCCCGGCAGAGGUUUCAGAUGAGGAGAUCUUCAGUGCUGACGAGGGCAAGGCGGAGCCUGAGGAGCCUGGGGACAGGGAGACAUACCGCGAAGAUGAACAGUCCAUCUGCAUCCGCUUCGAGGCGCUUGCCGAGGCCCGCCGGGCAGCCACCUGCUUCCAGGACAUGUUUGGCACGCUGGACAACAGAGUGGACAUCAGCCUGUCAGAGCAGGGGCUGCAUGGGGUGGAGAUGCGCAUUGGCAAGGUGGCCCCCACCCCUGCAGCGCCUCCGGAGCCAGUACUGGCCGCAGAGGCAGCCCCGGUGUUCCUGACUGAGCUACAGAAUCAGGAGGUGCUGGAUGGGUACCCCGUGAGCUUUGACUGUGUGGUGACAGGCCAGCCCGUGCCCAGUGUGCGCUGGUUCAAGGACGGGAGGGUGCUGGAGGAGGAUGACCACUACAUGAUCAGUGAGGACCAGCAGGGCGGCCACCAGCUCAUCAUCACAGCUGUGGUGCCAGCAGACAUGGGUGUCUACCGCUGCCUGGCUGAGAACAGCGUGGGUGUGUCCUCUACCAAAGCGGAGCUCCGCGUGGACCUGACCAGCACUGACUACGACACUGCUGCGGAGGCCACGGAAACCUCGUCCUAUUUCAGCGCCCGAGGCUACCUGUCCAGCCGGGAGCAGGAGGGCACGGAGUCUACCUCAGAGGAGGGGCAGCUGCCGCAGGUCGUGGAGGACCUGAAAGAUCUCCAGGUGGCCCCCGGCACAGGUCUGGCCAAGUUCCAGCUCAAGGUGAAAGGCUACCCCACGCCUCGACUGUACUGGUUCAAAGAUGGGCAGCCCCUGACUGCAUCUGCACACAUCUGCAUGACGGACAGGAAGACACUGCACACCCUGGAGAUUGUCUCGGUCACCAGCGAGGAUGCUGGCCAGUACUCAGCCUACAUCAGCAACACCGUGGGUGCUGCUUACUCGUCUGCUCGGCUGCUGGUCCGAGGCCCCAGUGAACCAGAAGAGAAGCCAGCAUUCGAUGUACACCAACAGCUGGUGCCACCCCGAUUCCUGGAGAAGUUCACCUCCAAGAAGGUGAAGAAGGGCUCCAGCAUCACCUUCUCAGUGAAGGUUGAAGGAGACCCACCCCCAGUUGUGCAUUGGCUGCGGGAGGAGGCUGAGCAGGGUGUGCUGUGGAUCGGCCGCCACACGCCGGGCUACACAGUGGCCAGCUCUGCCCAGCAGCACAACCUGGUCCUUCUGGAUGUGGACCGACAGCACCAGGGCACCUACACCUGCAUCGCCACAAACACUGCUGGCCAGGCCCUCUGUUCCGCAAGCUUGCACGUCUCUGGCUUACCUAAGGAGACUGGGGCAGCGGAGGAGCAGGCCAGGGUGAAGGAGGCCCUCAUCUCCACCUUCCUGCAGGGGAUCCAAGCUGUUUCCGAACAGAUGUCGGAACCUUCAGGUUUCACUGACCUCGCUGGGCAGAGGAAAGGAGAGCUCCCGGCAGCAGAGGCCUGUGGCCACCUGUCCUUGGCCGAGGUGGGCACUGAGGAGUUCCUGAAGAAGCUCACUUCGCAGAUCACAGAGAUGGUGUCAGCCAAGAUCACACAGGCCACACUGCAGGUGCCUGGAGGUGACAGCGAUGAGGAGUCCAAGACGCCGUCCGCGUCCCCCCGGCAUGGCCGGUCACGCCCCUCUUCCAGCGUCCAGGAGUCAUCCUCAGAGUCCGAGGAUGGAGACUCCCGGGGAGAGAUCUUUGACAUCUAUGUGGUCACGGCUGACUACCUGCCCCUGGGGGCUGAGCAGGAUGCCAUCUUGCUGCGGGAGGGCCAGUAUGUGGAGGUGCUGGACUCGGCGCACCCGCUGCGCUGGCUUGUGCGUACCAAACCCACCAAGUCCAGCCUCUCUCGGCAAGGCUGGGUGUCUCCUGCCUACCUGGACAGGCGGCUCAAGCUGUCACCUGAGUGGGGGCCAGCUGAGGCCCCUGAGUUCCCCGGGGAGGCUGUAUCGGAGGAUGAGUACAAGACGAGGCUGAGCUCCAUCAUCCGGGAGCUGCUGAGCUCGGAGCAGGCCUUUGUGGGCAAGCUGCAGUUCCUGCAGAACCACCACAUGCAGUACCUGGACCGCUGCCCCCACGUGCCCACGGCCGUGGCCAGCCAGAAGGCAGUCAUCUUCCGAAAUGUGCAGGACAUCAGCCACUUCCACAGCAGCUUCUCACAGGAGCUGCAUAGCUGCGACACGGAUGAUGACGUGGCCAUGUGCUUCAUCAAGAACCAGGCAGCCUUUGAGAAGUAUCUGGAGUUCCUGGUGGGCCGAGUGCAGGCUGAGUCGGUGAUGGUCAGCAUGGCCGUGCAGGAGUUCUACAAGAAAUACACUGAGGAGGUGCUGUCAGCCGCAGAUCCUUCGCAGCCACCCCCGCCGUCCCUGCAGCACUUCCUGGAGCAGCCGGUGGAGCGGGUCCAGCAGUACCAGGCCCUCCUCAAGGAGCUGAUCCGCAACAAGGCGCGGAAUGGACAGAACUGUGCACUGCUAGAGCAGGCCUACGCAGUGGUGUCGGCCCUGCCGCAGCGUGCCGAGAACCAGCUGCACGUGUCGCUCAUGGAGAACUACCCGGGCACCCUGGAGGCUCUCGGCGAGCCCAUCCGCCAGGGCCACUUCAUUGUGUGGGAGGGGGCACCGGGUGCGCGGAUGCCGUGGAAGGGCCACCACCGGCAUGUCUUCCUGUUCCGCCACCACCUGGUGGUCUGCAAGCCCAGGCGGGACUCGCGCACUGACACCUUCAGCUACGUCUUCCGGAACAUGAUGAAGCUGAGCAACAUCGACCUGAACGACAAGGUGGAGGGCGAUGACCGUGCCUUCGAGGUUUGGCAUGAGCGGGAGGACUCAGUACGCAAGUACCUGCUGCAGGCGCGGACGGUCAUCACCAAGAACUCCUGGGUGAAGGAGAUCUGUGGCAUCCAGCAGCGCCUGGCCCUGCCCGUGUGGCGCCCCCCGGAUUUUGAAGAGGAGCUGGCCGACUGCACGGCUGAGCUGGGCGAGACAGUCAAACUGGCCUGCCGUGUGACGGGCACACCCAAGCCCAUUGUGAGCUGGUACAAAGAUGGGAAGCCAGUGGAGGUGGAACCUCAUCACAUCCUCAUUGAAGACCCUGAUGGCUCGUGUGCCCUCAUCCUGGACAACCUGACUGGUGUCGACUCUGGCCAGUACAUGUGCUUUGCAGCCAGUGCUGCUGGUAAUGCCAGCACCCUGGGCAAGAUCUUGGUGCAAGUCCCACCUCGGUUUGUGAACAAGGUCCGGGCAGUGCCCUUUGUGGAAGGAGAAGAUGCCCAGAUCACCUGCACCAUCGAAGGUGUCCCACACCCUCAGAUCAGAUGGUACAAGGAUGGGGCCCUGCUGACCCCUGGGGGCAAAUACCAGACCCUGAGUGAGCCCCGCAGCGGUCUGCUGGUGCUGGAGAUCCGGGCAGCUGGCAAGGAGGACCUGGGCCUCUAUGAGUGUGAGUUGGUGAACCGGCUGGGCUCCAAACGGGGCGGCGCGGAGCUGUUCAUGCAGGGCCCGGCGCUGCAGGCCCGAGAACAGCAGCACGUGGGGCAGCUCGCUGCCGUGGAAGAUGCUGCCAUCCCACCCCCAGAUGCCCUGGGGCAAGUGGACCAGGAGAGCACAUCCAUCCAGAGGACAGUGAUGUGCCCUGAGGCUCCGGGACCCACCACAGGGGAACAUACCAGCCCCGGCCCCAGACCUGGGGGGCCACCUGGACUCCAGGAGGCCGGCCAGAAUCCCCCAGGAGUGGAGGCUGGGGAUGCACCCGGCGAGCCCCGGAAGGUGCCGCAACCUCCCUCCCACGAGGGCCUGGAGCAGAACUCUCGGGCACACGCUGAGGUCCAGGAACGCAUGGUGCCCAUCCGGAUGGAGGGCGCUGCCUGCCCCAGGGCAGGUGCAACAGAGCUCUGGGACAUCCACAGCCACGUGUUCACAGAGACGAAGCACAGGACAUAUGUGUACCAGGCCAGCGACAUGUGUGCCACAAGGCCCCCAUCCAUGCAGGUCACCAUUGAGGAUGUGCAGGCCCAGAGGGGCGGCGUGGCGCAAUUCCAGGCUGUCAUUGAGGGCAACCCGCAGCCCACAGUGACCUGGUAUAAGGACGGUGCCCAGUUGGUGGAUGGCCCCCGGCUCAGCCAGCAGCAGGAAGGGACCACAUACUCCCUGGUACUAAGGGAUGUGGCCCAGCAUGACGCUGGGGUCUACACGUGCCUGGCCCACAACGCUGGUGGCCAGGUGCUAUGCAAGGCAGAGCUGCUGGUCCACGGGGGCGACAGUGAGCAAAGCUCUAGGAGGAAACUGCACUCCUUCUACGAGGUCAAGGAGGAAAUUGGAAGGGGUGUGUUCGGCUUCGUGAAGAGGGUGCAGCACAAGGGCAACCAGAUGUCCUGCGCCGCCAAGUUCAUUCCCCUGCGGAGCAGGACACGUGUCCAGGCUUAUCGGGAGCGGGACAUCCUAGCAGGGCUGAGCCACCCACUGGUCACUGCACUGCUGGACCAGUUUGAGACCCGAAAGACCCUGAUCCUCAUCCUGGAGCUGUGCUCGUCGGAGGAACUGCUGGACCGCCUGUUCAGGAAGAGUGUGGUGACAGAGGCCGAGGUCAAGGUCUACAUCCAGCAGCUGGUGGAGGGGCUGCACUACCUGCACGGCCAAGGCAUCCUCCACCUGGACGUAAAGCCCCCCAACAUCCUGAUGGUGCAUCCUGCGCGGGAAGACAUUAAAAUCUGCGAUUUUGGCUUUGCCCAAAAAAUCACCCCGGCAGAGCCGCAGUACAGCAAGUACGGCUCCCCUGAGUUUGUGGCCCCUGAGAUCAUCGAGCAGACCCCUGUGAGCGAGACCUCCGACAUCUGGGCGAUGGGGGUCAUCUCCUACCUCAGCCUGACCUGCUCGUCCCCAUUUGCUGGCGAGAGUGACCGAGCAACCCUUCUGAAUGUCCUGGAAGGGCGGGUGUCCUGGAGUAGCCCCAUGGCCACCCACCUCACUGAGGAUGCCCAGGACUUCAUCAAGGCUGCUCUGAAGAAGGCCAUGGAGGCCCGGCCCAGUGCCGCCAAGUGCCUUGCCCACCCUUGGUUCCUGAAGUCUGUGCCUGCGGAGGAGGCCCACUUCAUCAACACCAAGCAGCUGAAGUUCCUCCUGGCCCGCAGCCGCUGGCAGCGCUCCCUGAUGAGCUACAAGUCCAUCCUGGUGAUGCGUUCCAUCCCGGAGCUGCUCCAGGGCCCGCCCGACAGCCCGUCCCUCGGGGUGGCCCGGCACCUGCGUGGUGAUGCCGGUGCCUCCUCCAGCAGCUCCUCCUCCUCCGACAACGAGCUGGCACCGUUUGCCCGGGCCAAGUCGCUGCCCCCCUCCCCGGUGACCCACUCCCCGCUGCUGCACCCCCGGGGCUUCCUGCGGCCUUCCGCCAGCCUGCCUGAGGAGGCCGAGGCCUGCCCACCCGCCGCAGCCUCGCCUCUGCCUGCGUCGCCCCAGGGUGCACAGCCCCCAGCUGCCCUGGGCUGUGUGCCCCGGCAGAGUGUCAUCCGAAGCCUGUUCUACCAGCAGGUGGGCGAGGGCCCAGAGCUGGGGGGCGUGUCCGCGGGCGGCAGACGGCACCCCGCCCGGCGGCGGCACCUUCUCAAGGGUGGCUACUUCUCGGGCGUCCUGCCCGGCCUUCGAGAGCCACUGCUGGAGCACCGUGCGCUGGAGGAGCAGGCUGCCAGGGAGGAGCAGGCCACCCUGGUGGCCGAAGCACCCUCCCUAGAGGCCGCCCUGCAGAUGCCCAGUGCAAGCGCCCAUGGGGCCUCUCGCUUCAGCCGCUCCCUGGACCUUGACCGGCUGAACACGGCCAGCCCCUCUGCCAAGGCCUGCAGCGAGGGGCAGUGUUCUGCUCUGGGCCCCUCGAGCCCUCAGGGGGCCCACGGAGAGAGCAUGCCUGGAGGGGAUGCACGUGCCAGGGAGGAGGAGCACCCAGAGGGGUCCCUGCAGGGGCUGAGACUACUUCCGUCCACCGGUGGUGAUGGGUGCUCCCCUCAGCAAGAGGGGUCAUUCCAGGACAGCUGUGGAGGGCAGGCUGCCCCUUUCUUUCAACCCCAGAGGAGUCCUGCCCCCCAGGACUGUGGCACCCCUGCUGCUUUGGCACCACAACCUCCUGGCUCCUUCCCGCCAGGGCACUGCACAGAGCCCCUCUUGACAUCCCCGAGCCCUUUCUUCUCAGGAAAGCCACAGGCCUCCCUCUCCCCAGCCCAAGCAAGCCCCCAGGCAGACUCUGAGAGAGGGCUGAAGGACAUCCCUCUUGCCGGGAGGCCCGAUCCACCCAAACCCCCAGAGCCAGCCUCCCAUAUGGGCUUGGAGCCCAGCCCCUCCUUGGACACUGAAGGCCUGUCCCGGGAGACAGAGGGCCCGUCCCAGUCUUCGCCCAGCCCACAGCGGCCUCAGGAGCUGGCGACCACACGGAAGUUCUCCCUGGGAUGCCCUGGGGGCUACGCGGGGGUGGUGGGCUACGGUACCUUUGCCUUUGGUGGGGAUGCCGGUGGCAUGCUGGGUCAGGGCCCCCUGUGGGCCAGAAUGUCCUGGGCCGCCUCUCAGUCCUCGGAGGAGGAGGAGGAGGAGGCAGGGGCCGAGAGCCCACCACCCCAGGCCAGCACAGUGCCUCUACCUGAGGGUGGCAGGGCCCUCCCGAGGGCCUCCCAGGAGGUGAGCUCAUGGGAAGACUUAAGUGGGGGCUCUCAGGUGUCGCUCGUACAGAUCCGGGACCUGUCCAGGGACCUGGAAGCGGCUGACACUGUGUCUCUGGACAUCUCGGAGGUGGAUCCUGCCUACCUCAAUUUGUCUGACCUGUACGACAUCAAAUACCUCCCGUUUGAGUUCAUGACCUUCAAGAAGGUCCCCAGGCCUGUGGAGCCAGAGCUGCCACCCUCCCCCGAGUCUGAGGCUGGGGAGGAGCUGGCUGAGCUCCCAGAGGCCACAUGGCCCUGGCCGGGUAUUCUGGGCCCGCCAGAAAGCCUGGAGAUCACAGAGGAGCCAGAGGACAUGCAGGCCCUGCUCGGGGAGGCUGCUGGUGGCAGCAAGCGCAAGUGGUCACCCCCUUCCAGCAGUCUCUUCCACUUCCCCGGGAGGCAGUCACUGCUGGAGGAGCCCACAGAGCUGGGGCUACGCCGGAGAGUGAGGGCCUCGGUGGCCCAUAUCUCCCGCCUCCUGAGGAGCAGGCCUGCAGGUCUGGAGAAGGAAGGCCCCCCCAGGAAGAAGGCAGGCCUAGCUUCCUUCCGCCUAUCAGGCCUGAAGAGCAGGGACCAAGCACCAUCGUUCCUAAGGGAGCUCUCGGAUGAGAUGGUGGUCCUGGGCCAAUCUGUGACUCUGGCCUGCCAGGUGUCGGCCCAGCCAGUUGCACAGGCCACGUGGAGUAAAGAUGGGGCUCUUCUUGAGAGCAGCAGCCGCCUCCUCAUCUCCUCCACGCUCAAGAACUUCCAGCUUCUGACCAUCCUGGUGGUGACUGCCGAGGACCUGGGCGUGUACACGUGCAGUGUGCGCAACGCGCUGGGGACGGCGGCCACCACAGCCAUUCUCCGGAAGGCAGAGCGCCCCUCUUCCUCCCCACGCCCCGACAUCGGGGAGGUGUAUGCGGACGGGGUGCUGCUGGUCUGGAAGCCUGUGGAGUCGUAUGGCCCUGUGACCUAUAUCGUGCAGUGCAGCCUGGAAGGCGGCAGCUGGAGCACGCUGGCCUCGGACAUCUUUGACUGCUGCUACCUCACUGGCAAGCUUUCUCGGGGCGGGGUGUACACCUUCCGGACGGCCUGUGUCAGCAAGGCGGGCAUGGGCCCCUACAGCAGCCCCUCGGAGCAGGUCCUCCUGGGAGGGCCCAGCCACCUGGGUGAGCCACUCUGCAGGGCUCUACGGAAUGCGCCGUGCCACUUCACCUCUGAAGAGGAGAGCGUUGCCUCCGGGCCAGCCCAGCCCCUCCCCAGCAUGCAGACCUUCGCCUUCCAGACACAGAUCCGAAGGGGCCGCUUCAGCGUGGUGCGGGAGUGCCGGGAGAAGGCCAGUGGACGCGUGCUGGCUGCCAAGAUCGUGCCCUGCCACCCUGAGGACAGGACUGCCGUGCUGCGGGAAUACGAGACCCUCAAGGGCUUGCGCCACCCCCACCUGGCACAGCUGCAAGCUGCCUACCUCAGCCCCCGACACCUGGUCCUCAUCUUGGAGCUGUGCUCUGGGCCUGAGCUGCUCCCUUGUCUGGCCGAGAGGUCCUCCUACUCAGAAUCAGAGGUGAAGGACUAUCUGUGGCAGAUGCUAAGUGCUGCCCAGUACCUGCAUGCCCAGGGUAUCCUGCAUCUAGACCUCAGGUCCGAGAACAUGAUUGUCACAGAGUACAACCUGCUCAAGGUCAUCGACUUUGGAAACGCCCAGAGCUCCGCCCAGGAGAGGGUCCUGCCCUUGGAGAGUUUCAAGGACUACGUGGAGACCAUGGCUCCGGAGCUCCUAGAGGGCCAGGGUGCCGUCGCGCAGACCGACAUCUGGGCCAUAGGUGUCACAGCCUUCAUUAUGUUGAGCGCUGAGUACCCGGUGAGCAGCGAGGGAACGCGAGACCUGCAGAAAGGCCUGCGCAAGGGGCUCAUCCAGCUGAGCCGCUGCUACGCGGGGCUGUCCGGGGGCGCUGUGGCCUUCCUCCGAAGCACGCUGUGCGCGCAGCCCUGGGGCCGCCCAAGCGCGUCCAGGUGCCUGCAGUGCCCGUGGCUGACCGAGGAGGGCCCCGCCAGCUCCCAGCCUGCGGCCGUGACCUUCCCCACCGCAAGUCUGCGCGCCUUCGUGAGAGAGCGCGAGAAGAGGCGGGCGCUGCUGUACAAAAAACACAACCUGGCCCAGGUGCGCUGAACGCCUGGCCCUGCAGGACCGCACCUCUCAGUCUUUCAGGACUCCCUUCAUAUGCACACACACAUCAAUAAAAAGCAGAACUGGA